CCGAGGUGAGCUGCCUUUCAGUCGAAACUGGGGGACGUCAUGCCCUUGUUCACUCCACGAGCCUGCUGCCGGUGGGGCGGGGGGGACUGUCAACACAGGAACAUGGCCGCCUCUGCAACGGCCAAGGCACAUAGCAGGCAUAACUCGACGGCGGGCGGCGUGAAAUGCUGCGGGGAGUGCGUGCCGCAGUGUGGGGAGAUAAUAAAACCCACCAUCAUCGAGCUGACCAAAGAAGUCCGGACGAACAUCCUCUGCACCGUGGAAGGAUGUGGCAAGAUUCUCCCCAACACACCUGCGUUGAACAUGCAUCUGGUAAAGUCGCACCGCAUAAAGGAUGGAAUUGUCAACCCCACAGUCAGAAAGGAGAUGAAGGGCUCACAAAAACUUUACUGCUGUCCCAUCGAGGGCUGUCCCAGGGGCCCCAACAGACCCUUCUCACAGUUCUCCCUGGUUAAGCAACACUACAUGAAGAUGCAUGCGGAGAGAAAACACAAGUGCUCCAAAUGCAACAAUGGCUACAGCACAGAACUGGACCUGAAGAGGCACAUUGAAGACUGUGGGAAGACCUACGAGUGUACCUGUGGCUGCCCCUAUGCCAGCAGAGCUGCCCUGUUGUCUCAUAUCUUAAGGACUGGUCAUGAAAUUCCUACCGAACACAGAGUUCCCCCCGUUAAAAGGCGAAAGAUGGAGAAACUUUUGAGUGUUUCUGAGAAAGUUAAGGUUCACGAGUCAACUGUUCAAAUGACGCCUGCUGCUAAAGAGGUGGCGGAGAUGGCUCUCCCCUCUGAUUCGGCUGUGCACAUCCUUGAUCCAAUGAACCAGAACUCUAACCCCCAUAGGGGUCUGCAGAAGUUGCUUCUCCCAAAACCCAAAAUGGCUUUAGUCAGUGUUCCAGUUAUGCAGCUGGCCCACCUGCCCGUCCUCCUCCCAUCAACCGAAAGUGGCGCUCUGAGGUCUGUAGUGCUCGCAGUGGAUAACCAAGGCUCCGUCAGCACCCUUCAGCUCCUGCCACAAACCUCCGGCGCAGUCAUACCCCAACUGCAUGUAAAAAGUUUUGCUUUCAAGGAUUACCUGCCCUCCUCACGUUCUAGCCAAGGUCCCAUCAGCACAGGGGUUCAGGUCAAUCUGGAUCCCGCCGUUGCGGACGACUUGGCUGGCAGCGGGGCGGGCCAGCGCGGAAGAAGCACCUCCACCAACAUCCAGACUGACAGGUCCUACUUGUCAAAACUGGCUCCAGCGGCGGGUGCGGGAGAAGGAAUGGGGCUGUGCUCUGUGAGCGAGUCCUCGGUGUCGUCCUGCGCCCAAACAGACAUCAGCGUGAGCGCCCAAGUCCUCUUGCCAGUCAGUGUUGAAACUCAAACGUUCGUUUCCAGAGCCAAACCCACGUCAUCCGUUGGAGCGCAGACAGACAGUCAGUGCCUGAGCCAAAUUACUUCCCCCUGCUCAUCUGUGCUGCCUUACAAAACUAAGCAGACGCAGACUUAUUUUGCAAUGCCGCAACUGGAGGAGAGGGCCCAGGAUCAGGCCGCUUUGUGCUCCGACCUGUUUGAGACUGACUCUCUUAGCGUUUCUACCCAAACGCUAAACGAGACCCUUAAUGCCGAGGGGAGCAAUCUGUAUGAGGACUCAAAGUCGGUGGGUGGUUUGUGUUUCGGAGUGCAGACACAUGAGCUCAGCGCGAGCAACGUGGCCGACAAUCAGACCCAAACAAUAACUCUUUUAAAUGACCUGGAGAACAUUCUCUCUGGUCACCAGGUCCUCGCAGAGGCCUCUGUUGGCUGUGGGUCAAGCUCAGGCUCUGUUCAGGAGCAGCACAACGGCAUAGACUUUGACUUUGAGGAGUUCCUCAAUGCUGUGCACAUUCAGACUCAGACGGAGGAGAGUGAGCUGGGGGUGCUGGGUGGUGAUACACCACUGGAAUCUUUGGACAUUCAAACCCAGACAGAUUUCCUCCUCAUGGAUGAACUUGAUCAAAGCGAGGGACAGAACCGAUCCCAAGCCAGCGACCUUGAGCUAUUUGACACCCAAACUCAGACUGACCUCAAUUUCCUACUGAAUGCCGGAAGCAGCAUGCCCCUAAGCACCAUUUUGCGACAUUCAAACUUCUCUAUAAGCACAGAGUCCUCGGAUACCGAAACGCAGACCGAUCUCCCCUCCUUCGCCGCAGGCCCUUCCUCACAGACCCACGCAGGUCAGGGCGAGCCUGGAAGGAUGCUGAGCAGCACGGAAACUCAGACCGUGACCAGUCAGGCAGAGAGCCUGGGACACCUUUUCCUGACCAGCAAUGAAACUCAGACUGUAAUGGACGACUUCCUGUCAGCGGACCUGGCAUGGAACAUGGAGUCACAUUUCAGCUCCGUGGAAACCCAAACAUGCGAGGAACUCCGUGCCCUCUUUCAGCACUCUGACAAACCAAACAGCUGAAAAGCCACGUGGGGAAGAUUUCUCCGAGUCUUUUGCAGAACAGUGUUCUGAUACAAAUUCCUCUUUCUUUAGGAGGAAUGAGUCCGUGUUGUUCUAGUAGCCAUUUGACCAAUUCCAGAGGAGGAGUCAUUUCCAGGUGUAUAUCCUGACACAGGGUUCUUACAGUCUAGAAAAGUCUAGGAUUUUAUUUCACCAUUUUGCUGGUCUAGAUGAGCAAAGAAAAUUUUCUUAACUUUUUUUUUUUCUUGCAUUUUUAAUUUUCUAAAAGGGGCAAAGAUCUAUUAAUGCUAAAUGAAUGCAGUGUUUUGUUUUUUUUUACAUUUAUUUAUAUUUAAACUGCUUUCUUUAUCUUUGAUUUUCCUCAUCGGACCUUGAUUUAACCUUCUGGCCACGAGUAUUUUGCUUUUUGCUGUACUGACUGAAGACACCCUCAUUCAAAAAUCCGAGUCAUUUUACUACUUUUUGGACCCAAGACAACCUCUGAUUAAUGUUUAAUAUCACUAACAGGAAUACCCCCACUUGAAAUAUCGGUAGGUAGUUUCAGCGCUGUUGUUUCAGGAUUUCUAGACCCGACAAAUGAGAUUUCUGUUUAAACAGUUCAGGGGAACUGUCUUUGUCCACAAAUGUCCAGGAGCCUGGAACAAGUGGGAAAAUAUCUGGAAAAAUGUUAUAGAAAAAUAUGUAGGAACCCUGCUGACAGCUUUGGUGCACUUUAUUAGUUCAGUGGGCAUGAUGUGUUCGCUCCUGUGACGGUUUACAUAUUUAUUUGCACACAGAGUUACAUUGUAUGCGUUUUGGCUGAAAUGCCACUUAUCCUGGCACCCCUGGUUCGUGGCGUUUGGUUUUUAUUUGCAGCUCAGUCGUCAAAUUAGCAGGCGUUGAAAGCUUCUGGAGCUACCUGCAUCUCAGCAGUACAGGAUGCAACCAACAUAGAUUUUGUUUACAUAGAAAAACCGCAUGAAACCUUUACAAGGUUGGCCGCACAACAUGGCUGUCUUGUCCGCAUUUGCGCAUCGGAUGGCUGCCCUCCUUGAAGUUACUGUCGGCCCAAGGAUCGCUGUAAACUCUCCGCUUCACGUGCUAUAACAUUUCAGGUUUAUGAAAGACACAAGCAAUGAGUCGGUUUUCCCUUUCAACACUAAGCUGGGCUGGGCAUAACGGGUCAUUUUAACAGCUAAAAUAGACACUUAUGCAUUCAGCUGUGGCACAAGUUUAAAUAGUAAUUGUUGAAGUCUUGUGAGUUCUUGCACACCUUUUUAUUGAAAUGUGAUCGUGAUGUCCAAUGUGGGAAAACAAAAACCUUUGUAUUGUUUUUUUUUUUUGUUUUUUUUUCUUGUAGGUAAGCACUCCAAGUCCUUUAGUGGCCUUGUCUGUCAUCGUCUCUGACUUAUUCAGUAGCUGGGUGUUGGGUUAUACAGUAGCAGCACUGUGUGCUGAAGCCACCCUUUAUUGUUACUGUGCAGUAAACAGUGACUUAGAGCUAGGAUUAGCAACGUUACUGUGUGUUUACCACCCAGUAGUGAUUGAAAGGAAUAUCUUUGACGUUAACUUUUUAAUUUAGUGUCUUCUCCAAAAGUGGCUAAAUGUAACUUUGUUUUUGUUUCGAUACUGUUGAACUUAUUUACCUCACAGCAGAAUAGAUUCUGUUCUGAACCAGAACAAAACAUUAUAGGCCUUAUUUGUUUUGUCUGUGCCUUAAUUCUGGUAUUUGAACUCGCUUUGAUUCCAUUUAAUUUGCUGCUUUAAGAGAAGUUGUAUUUAACAGGCAAAUCAACGGCGUUCCUUUGGUCCUUGCAUGUUUAGUCUCUUCAGUGGGAAUGUUACCAACGUGGUUGCAUGACGUACCAAAAUAUUUAAGCAUUUUUUUCAUAUGAAAUGAUUGCUGCUCAGCACAUCAUUAAUGAAAACCUUUAAUUUGUUUCCAUCUCAUUUGGAGAAGUGUUAAUUUAAAAAAACAUUGACAAACUGAAGAAUGUAAAGAAAAUAGCACAGAGUUUAAGUGUACCAGGCUCAUUCUUUAUUUUUUUGAUUUGCACAAUGUCUUACUUGUUGAAUAUUUCCCAGUCUUAAGGUUUUUUGGCACAUUGUAAAUGUAUUUAUUGUUUUGAAACCUUGAUUUGUAAUUUGUGGUUCUUGAAUUCAGAGGG